CGAUCCGGCGAUGCAAACGAUCCGCCUACGCGCGUGCUGAUUUGUUGGACUGUAGAGUACAGUAACAAAUAUAUGUUACGGGCGUGUGUGUGUGUUAAUAAUUAACACGGAUUUGGGUGAUUUUUGUAAAGACGAGCGAACGAGCCUGGGUCCAUGUUAAUACAGCGUCGCUGUGAAGACGCCUCACAUCAAUGGUGGAACCUCCUCCUUGACUCCUCCUUGACGUCUCCUCCUCCUCCUCGUCGUUUCUCGUUUCUUUGUUUCCCGAGCAAGGCGAGGCGGCGUUGCGGGGAGUUCUAUUUUUGUUCUCUCCAGGGGUUAUUCCCGAAGCUGCCAUCUCUCUGUCCUGUUGUCGUGUUCCAUCAGCUCGCCAACCCAUUUGGCACGGUUGGCUACGUACGGCGCGAAAGAAGUUCGAUACCAGUGAUGCGGCGAACGUGAGGAGGAAAUGGUCUGGUGAGAGAGUCUGCCGAGUACUGAGUACCAAGCUCCACGGGCGUGCAUGUUGGAACGACGGUGGCACCCAUCGGCACAGGAGGAGGAGGAAAAUCAUACGGCAGAGAUGGCGGGCAGAGCGGAGCAAGGGGAGUCCGAGCGGCCGGCAUUGGCGAAGCAACAUCAGCCAAAGGAGAAGCGGCGGGCAGCGCACAAAAGCGAGGUUUCAAGUCGCGACGUGCCCAGUGGCACCGAUGGGGAGAGCGCCAGCACGAGCAGCACUGCCGAGAAGCGCAAGCGCCGCAAGAAAAGGGAGCCGCGGCCCGAGUCGGUUAUCAUCUUCCGCACGGAGGAGAAGGAGAACGGCGACGAGAAUGUGCAGGAGCAGAGCGGCAGGGCCGAGGUGGAGGACGUGUGCUUGGAAUCCGCGGGAGAAACUCGUCACUUCCCCCCGGCGCUUGUCCCCGGCGCCCCGUGGGACCGCGCCGACGGCCACUAUGUGACGCUGACAGGCACCAUCACGCGCGGCAAGAAGAAAGGCCAGCUCGUCGACAUCCACCUGAGCCUUACCGAAAAGGAGCUGCUCGAGCUGGGCUGUGGACCUCCCCAGGCGCCGGUCACAGGCAGCGGUGGCAGCGGCACAAACGCCCCGACGACAACGCCAGCUCAGACGCACGGGGUCGAACGGAACAGGUGCCACUCGCGCUGCCGGUGCGGCUUGAACCACGGGCCACACGCCAGCCUGUGGAGCCUGCUGUGCCUGCCGUUCGCCUUUGUCGCAUCGCUGGUCGUGGCCUUCUACUACGGCACCAUCACCUGGUACAACGUCUUCCUCGUGUACAAUGAGCAGCGAACCUUCUGGCACAAGGUCACGCUGUGCCCGCUGCUGAUGCUGCUCUACCCUCUGCUCAUUGCGGUGACGAGUCUCUCGCUGGCGGCAUACGCGGCCGUGGCGCAGCUGUCAUGGUCCUUCACGGCCUGGUGGGGGGCCGUCAGCGACCCCGAGAAGGGCUUCUUUGGUUGGCUGUGCUCGCACCUCGGCCUGGAGGAGUGCGCUCCCUACAGCAUCGUGGAGCUCAUCGAGUCCGGCGCGGCACCGUCCGGCCACGGUGGCGGCGGUGGCGACGAUAGCGACGUGGACAGUGGCGCCGUGCGGAGGCCGUUCGCUCAAGGCAUUCAAAUGUCUUCCGUGUGAAAACGCGCUUGCACACGUGACCAAAUGGAACAUCUGCAUAGGUUUUUUGCGGUUGUGCUGUACAGCUCUCUAGUGUGGUUUCGGGUUGUCUACCGCGUGCCGUUCGGCAUGAUGUCCGACCUCUCACUCAGUGUCUUGUGAGCCUCUUUAGAAACUCAACUGAGCUCACCUCUAACUUAAAUUGAAGAUUCUCCAGUUUCAGUUAAGCUCAGGUUGUGGGUGGAUCGGAGUGAAAUGUCGGACAUCUUGCUGAACAAAACAUGGUAUGACCCCUAGAAUGCACAUUGGACAGCAAAUUGAAUAUAUUUACAAAUGUGUGUGAUGCAAGGUUCUCACGUGUUUUUUAAAAUACUAAACUAAGAAAUACUAUUGGGGAAAAAGAAACGCCCUAAGUUCUUUAAUCCAUUGUUAAUGACAGUCAUGUUUUAACGAUCUGUAGUGUCAUAUAGCCUAAUUUUAAUCGCUUGUGGGCGAGUGUUAAGUAUCUGGCAGGGCCUCUCGUCAAGUGGCGCUUGUACGUGUUUUCCAAUUGCUCUUUCAAGUGAAGUUAACUCCCAGCACAAGCGACAGGUACAUCCUCCCAGCGUGAACUACUGUCGAUUCGCGCAGAUGAAGCUAACUAAUGCUAAUGCCGUGUGUGAUGAGUGUUCUGCACAGGGCUGUAUUGAUCUCUUUUUUUAUGAACUUCUAAUCAACAAAACAGGGUCCUGUUUAUGAAGUAGGAGCUGUUGCAAUAUUUAUAACCCUAAACCCUUUUAAAACGACCUUUAAACAGGAUGAAAAGAAAUGUUUUCUAAAUAUGGAACAUUUUUGUAAUCAAAGGCAACAAAUUUGAUAUUUAUACCUUAAUGCGGUGCUUUGGAACUCGCUUUUUUAAAUUAAAUUUUACAGAAAUAUUGUUGACACAUUAAAGUGUACAGCCUUAUGUUCAAAUUGUACCCAGAUAUGACUACUAUGUUUUGUGACUCGCGCUGUGAAGUGCGUUUGUUUUGUUGACGUCAUGGGCGCCGCGAUCCUGCGAAUUCUCUUGUGGUUUGCAGUACCAAUGUGGUCAUUGUCCUCGGUGCGUCACCCAAGAGCUUGUUUGUAAUCUAUUCACACUUUGUGAUUGUGCCAAAAAUGCACGUUAUCAGUAUAUUACCGCAUACAAAUUACCACCGUUUUCUCUCGCGGUACAGCGUGCAAGCGCUGAGAUACCUCCCGACAAAAAAAAAACAAAGCAAUCGUAGUUAAUUCUCGAGUCGUCUUCUAUUGUAAAAAAAUACGAGAGCAAGUGUUCUGCGUAAUGACGUCAGAGUAAAUUACAAUACCUGGCAUUCGGUUUGUUUAGAAAAAUUGCAGCUGCGUUGUCAACGGUGGAUUCUGGAUCUUACACCCAAAGGCUUUUUAAGACUUAUGGUGCUGUGCAAUACACCGAUUGCAUUUUUUUCGUAAGCUUCUCUACACAAGCCGACUAGAGGUCCUAAUUGGAAAAAUCCAGGUUGUAAUUGAAGUCGCAUGGGACGGGCAUACACGAGGAUGAAGUGAAUUAGUAUGGUGUAAUGCCCUCAUUUUAUUUAACAGGCUGUGUGCACGAGUUGAUGAAUGGACCCAAGUACCGCGUCACCUCGCCCCCCAAUGCUUGGAGUUAGCAUGGCCUUUUUUGGCUUUCGUGUCGUGAGCGUGCUGUCUUCAUUACAUCAGUGUCUCCUGAGUUGAGUUACGCACAGGUGUCUGUUUUAAUGACCCAACUGUCGGUUUCUAGUAUUCCUUAUGUGCGUUCUGUUUACAGUGCAAUGUGAACCAAUAAAAUAAAUAUUUGUUGACAUACCUAA